UGUUGGGAUUUCCUUGUGCCUAUUGACUUAGAUUAUAAACCAAAGGUUGAUUGGGAUAUCAAUUGCCAUGUUAUUCAUCAAUUGAAAACGAAUUUAUCAAAGCGGCAACUUCGACUGUUUAAGAAAACAUGCUUUGGCUAUUUUUUGGAUCUGCCACUAGUGAUUGUGCAGAUUCGUGUUAUGCACCAUUUGCUUAUGAGAGAAGUACAUCAUGAGGUUAAAAAUGAGAUGCAGUUUGUAGUGAAUGAUUCUAGGUUGCGGUUUGGCUUGGGUAAAUUUGCACUUGUUACUGGGUUGAAAUGUAAGGGUGAUAUAAGUAUAGAGAGCAUAGCAGAGAAUAGGUUGAUUUCAAAAUAUUUUGGGACUGCAUCCAUGACAUUUGCCCAACUAGCAGACUGUUUUAAGAAGAAGAAAUGGGAAACGGAUGAUGAUGCGUUGAAGAUAGCAGUUCUGUAUUUUGUCAACAGCUUCUUAUUUUCUCAACUCAAAACAAAGGCUAUUUCACGGUCUUACAUUGACUUGGUUGAGUCUGGUGAUUUUAAUAAUUAUCCCUGGGGUAUAGAUGUUUAUAAAGCUACAAUUGACUCGUGUUCCAACAAGUUUCAAGAUAAGCCUUCUUUUUAUAGACUUGGUGGCUUCCCGUUGGCUUUACAGACUUGGUUGUAUGAAUGCUGCCCAAGUUUGGAUGGUCACUUUGCUGAUCAUCUUGGAAACAACAAACUUCCACGAAUUUUGAAAUGGGCAGUCAUGGGUCAAAUCCCGAAUGAGCGAGUUGCUUUGCAAAUGUGUAGCUUGCAACGCAAGCAGCUAAAGAACAUCACCCCAACUGAUGAUGAGAAGAAACAAUUUGAUGUGCGUGGUCUAAGCUUUGAAAUUGAAGUUGAGUGCACUGACAGCCAACCCAGCCAGCCCGAUAGCUUUCAGGUUUUUGGCACUCAAUUACCAAAGACACAAAGUAUGCCUGAAAGUACUGGAGGUGAUUCCCAACCUACCAAUGCUGAGGUAAUGAAGGAGUUACAAGCUUUGAAGCUUUUUGUAGAGAACAAGUUUGAGGAGGUGCUUGCAGCUAUUGGUAGGCAGUCAGUGAAACCAGAGGGAAAUUCAGCGCACAAGCAACAGGAUGAUGAUUUGCGUUCUGGUAAAAUGUUGUAUAUGUAA